AUGUUUUCAUUUGCAAGAAAGCUCGUUGACCGUCUCGACGGCUCCAAUCUUCUGCAACACCAAUCAGACAACUCAUAUUUUAAAGAUACCUUAAAAAUCAACAACAAUGGCUACGGCCUCCGUGUCCUCAAGGUUAUUCCACAUUCUGGCGCUCACAGACUUGGACUAGAGGCGUGGUUUGACUACAUUGUGAGAAUCAACAAUAAUGAAUUGCCCAUGAAAUAUCCCCUCAAUAGCUCCUAUAGCGUCAAUGACGAUGGUGCUGUCAAUUACGGCCAGGGAUCCGAGGAAGCUGGUAUCAUAGAUUGGGACGCUCUUGCGUUGGAACUUGAGAACAUAGCGCAUCAUAAUGGACCGAGAACGGUCGAAUUCGAAGUCUGGAAUGCUAAAGGUGGAGUAAUUCGUCAAGUACGUAUUCCACUAGACGAGUUCAAAAAAGAACUCCUGGCUGACACUGGUGCAGACGAAAAGGCUUAUCUUAAUAAUUUCCAACAGAUUGGACUCACCGUGCAAUCAGAACACUUGAAUACCGCUACUUAUGUCUGGCGUAUUCUUAACACGCAUCCAGGCUCUCCCGCCUUUGAUGCAAAACUUGUUCCUCAUUCCGAUUACGUCAUUGGAUGUGAUUCACUUUUCGAGGAGGAUGGCCACGGCAAGGGCCUCUUGUCCAAUGGUGGUGAAAGAUUAUUCUCACAGACAGUUUCAAACUACUACAGUCACCACAGUUCGCUGCAGCAGAUAGGCACAGUCCCCAUUUUGUUGUACGUCUACAACCACGACCACGAUAUUUUACGUCCAGUGACCGUCAACCUAUCACGAGAAUGGUCCAGUGGAACAGCUAGAGGUAUUUUGGGCUGUGAUGUUGGAUACGGCUGGCUUCAUCGUAUACCAGAAGUGGUUGGAAAGUUCGACAAUAUGGAGACCAUCGAAGACCUUCUUUUUGAAAAUAACGUCGAUUUGAAGUAUAACCUUAAUGAAUCAUCGGACCAAGGACAGAGUGCGGCAGCGCCACCUACAUCGUCAUCAGGACCAUCAUUCGUGCCACUGGCGGCUCCUAUUGCUCCUCCUCCAGUUGCACCACCAGCGAAAGCUGCAAAGAAGAAGAAGCAUCAUGGAUCUGCAAACGUCGACCUAACCAAUUUUAUGAACGAAGAACUAGAUAAGUCAAAGGCAUCAGAUGUGAAGUAUGGAGAAGUUGCCGAGGAUACUCCUCCACCCCCACCACCAAAAGUCGCUAGAGGAUAA